AUGUCUCGCGAAGAUUUAAUUGAAUGGGUUCAAAGUAGAGGUCGGGAUCUCGGUUAUGUUAUUGUGAUUAAAAGGUCCCGGAAUAAAAGUCCUACAGUUAUAUUUCAGUGUGACCGUGGUGGUACUUACGUGCCAAAAAAAAUCUCAUCUAAAAACACGGGUACAAGAAAAAUUGAUUGUCCAUUCCAAUUGGAGGGGAAAUACAUACGUGUUGAUGGUUGCUGGAGGGUUAGGGUAAUAUGCGGAGUCCAUAAUCAUGAGCCUGCAUUGCACCUUGAAGGUCACCCUUAUGCAAGGCGAUUAUCAGGAAAUGAAGUCGAAUUGGUGGAAAAUUUGUCAGCGAUGCAUGUGAAACCACGAGAUAUUUUAACGUCGGUGAAGAUGCAAAAUCCGGAUAAUGUUUCCAUCACAAAAACCAUAUACAAUGCACGCCAAAAAUUCCGGAUGAUGGAUAAUGCAGGUAAAACUCAAAUGCAAGUUGUUAUGUCUUUUUUACAUAACAAUGGUUAUGUGCAUGAGAGUCGAACUAAUAAUGCAACAGAUGAGUUAGAAGAUUUAUUCUUCGUUCAUCCUAAAUCUAUGGAGAAGUGGCGUGCAUUUCCACAUGUCCUGUUGAUAGAUGCAACCUAUAAGACAAAUAGGUACUCGAUGCCUCUCGUCGAAAUGGUUGGUGUAACUUCGACCAACAUGACAUUUUGCAUAGCGUUCGCCUUCAUGCACAAAGAGAAUGAGUCCAAUUAUACUUGGGCAUUAAAUUGUCUCAAAGCCACAAUUGAGGGAUGCAUUACCCCGCGUGUUAUCGUCACGGAUCGAGAGUUGGCAUUGAUGAAAGCAUGUAAAAAUGUGUAUCCGGAUGCUAAAGGAUUACUUUGUAGAUGGCACAUCUAUAGAAGUAUUUUGAGAAAGUGCAGGGCAUCGAUCCCCUCAAACCAUCAUUGGGAUUUAUUCUACAAAUCAUGGAACGCAUUAGUUGAGUCUCAGACUCAUGAAUCAUAUAUGUUCCAUUUAGCUCAAAUACAAGCAGUUUUGGUUGACUUUCCAGGUGUUUUUGGUUAUAUUGAUGAUAAUUGGCUGCAACCGUAUAAAGAAAUGUUUGUAUCUGUUUGGACUGAUCGAUAUCUCAAUUUUGGAAAUCACACCACGAACAGAGUUGAGAGUCAGCAUGCCAAGUUAAAAAAAUACUUGGAGUCAUCGCAGUCAGAUUUGGAGACAUCAUUGGUUUAUAUCGACAGAGUCAUUCAGUCACAGGACACAUCCAUCAAAGCAAGUCUUGAACAAAGCAAAAUUUUGAUUCGACAUCGGUUCAACACGUCACAUUUUCAAGAAUUGCGAGGAUUUGUGUCUAUUCAUGCACUGAAUCUCAUUUUUAAUGAGUUUGAGAGGUCACGGGCUGGCGGGAUUACUUUUGAAAAUUGUGGAUGUCGAUUGCGAACAAGUUGCGGGCUUCCAUGUGCACACGAGCAGGUAAAAUAUUUUAACUGUGGUAAGCCUAUCCCACUUGAUUCGAUUGAUAUCUUUUGGAGGAAGCUCGACUUAUCAUCUUCCAUCUCUCUAACCAAUGAAGAUUUUGGUGUUGAGCAUGAGCUUCAUAUGUUUAAGGAUCAGUUCAAGAAACAAUCAAGAACCGGUAAAUUCAACAUAUUGAGAAAGUUGAGGGAGUUGAUCGCGCCAUCUACAACUUCGAUCCGUGAGCCACCCGUGCAAAUAAAUGUUCGUGGGCGUCCCACUUCAAAAAACGAAUCUCUCAUAAGAACUCUAUCUCUCAGAAAAACUAAAGCCGAGCCAAAUAAUAUUCAAUUUCAAGAACAAGCUCGGAAUAGUUGUUCAGCUGCACCAACUUCAGGUGAUAGACACUUUUACCAUCCAUAUAUGCUUCAACUUCCGGUUAUAUUCCAUCCUUUUAUCAUGCAAGUGCAAGAUGUGAAAUCUGACGGAAACUGUGGAUUUCGAGCCGUAGCUCUCUGUCUCGGUUUUAAGGAGGACGAAUGGUUCAAAAUUCGAUCCAAUUUAAUCGAAGAACUAGAGUCUCACACAAUGGAAUAUACCGAUAUGUUUGGAACUCAAGGAUGGUAUAAUGCCUAUAACAUGUUGAAUUUUUUUGCACAAGAUCGGUGUGCACCAGUUGAGCACUGGAUGACUAUGCCGGAGAUGGGUGUACUAAUUGCUUCCCGAUACAAUGUGAUACUACAUGUUUUGAGUAUGGCCGGCAGUACAACAUAUUUACCACUUCGAUCUAGCCCACCACCUUGGUACGAGCAUGUAGCAAUAACCCUUGGUUAUGUUAAUAAUAACCAUUAUGUCAAGGUAACAUUGACAGGAGGGUACCCAAUGCCUACAAUUGCUCCACAAUGGGCUUAUUUUAGAUAUGAUUGUGCAAAUGCAUGGAUGACUCCAUAUAUGAAUAGGAUUGAAAGUUACAAUGAGCAUGUACGCUCUAAUUGUACUCGGGAAAAUGUUAUAUUAGAUUGA